GUGAGGAGCGCAAGGUUACAGCUGUCUGCGCAUCAGAUUCACCUAGAACGCCUCUUGUUGUUGGUUGGCAGACUUCAACUUUUCCCUCCUUUCCACCUAUCUGAUUUCCUCCCUCAGCACAGCCAUGGACAGGAACGCGCAAAUCCAGAAGGCCAAGCUAGCAGAGCAGGCUGAGCGUUACGAUGACAUGGCGGCUAGCAUGAAAGCCGUAACAGAGUGCGGCACAGAGCUGUCCAGUGAAGAGAGAAAUCUCCUUUCUGUUGCCUACAAGAAUGUAGUGGGUGCAAGAAGAUCUGCCUGGCGUGUCAUCUCCAGCAUUGAGCAGAAGUCAGACAGUGAAGAAACAAAGCUGAAGAUUGCCAGAGAGUACAAAGAGAAAGUGGAGAGUGAGCUACAAAAUAUUUGCGAAACUGUUCUGAACCUGCUUGACAAGCACUUAAUAAGCUCUUCAACUGCAACAGAAAGCCAGGUCUUUUACCUUAAAAUGAAGGGUGAUUACUAUCGGUACCUAGCAGAGGUGGCAACUGGAGAUAACCGAACUAAAACAAUACAAGAUUCACAAGCUGCCUAUCAAGAGGCAUUUGACAUCAGCAAAAAGGACAUGCAGCCAACACAUCCCAUUCGCUUGGGUUUAGCCUUGAAUUUCUCCGUGUUUUAUUAUGAAAUUCUCAAUAGUCCAGAAAAGGCCUGUACACUCGCUAAAAACGCGUUUGAUGAAGCCAUCGCAGAACUCGAUACCCUAAAUGAAGAGUCUUACAAAGACAGCACCCUUAUCAUGCAGCUGCUUAGAGACAACCUAACAUUAUGGACAUCGGAUACCGCAUGCGAUGACAACGAUGCUGUAGAGCAAGGAGAAAACAACUAAAGUGAGCAACUGGCACAUCUUUAUUCCCGAACCCUUUUUACACGUCUCCAUUCCUACGCUCCACGUGGAUUUCUUAGAGCAAAAGAAGCCCAUCCAUGUGUAAUGGAAAUCAAGUUUAUAGUCUUUUCACACUGCAGCUUUGGGGAAAUUCCAUUCCUUUUUUUUUUUUUUUUUUCCCCCCCUCCCUUUUAAUGUGUCCAUCCUUCUGGUGUGUGGUUACUGCUGUAGAGAAGUAUUAACAGUUUAACCUCGUUUAAAAACAACAAAAAAACAAAUGAGAAUUAAACAUAAGUAACUUGGAACACUUAUGUUGAGGACUGAAAGCCUGUGUGGUAUUUAAAUAAAAAAUUGGAACUAUGCUUUUCAGAAAAAAUCCUUUUUUAUAUAUAUAUGGUAAAAUAAAGCGUGAGGGAAAUGUAGUUAACUGUUCAAUCCAAAUAUGUCUGUCAUAUAUAUUUUUUUUUAUUUUCUUGUAGCUUUUAAAGACCAUUUUGCCCUGUGGGGGGGGGGGGGGAGAACAAACACAAAAUGACGGUGGUAAAUUGCCAGUGGUUACCUUCCAAUUUUAAGAACUACAAAUGUCAGACGUCUGGUGUACUACCAGAUGGAUAGGACCCUUUAUUAUAAAUUGGGCUGCCUUUUUUUUUUUUUUUUUGUUGAACCAGUUUUGCAGUUGGCAAGUGUUAAACGUCAUCAUCCAUCAGCGGCUCCUGACUGUUUGUGGAUAACUUGACUAUUUUUUCCAAUGUUUGCUGCUUCAGUUGACAACAUUUGCCUCCUUCAGUAAAUCAAUAAAUUGUCAUUACACUC